GCCUGGUGUUUAGCGAGGAGUGAGAUUUAGUAUCUAGCAAGGGAGACUUUGUGGAAUAUGCCCAGAGUGUAGACGCUUUUCGGUCCUAGUUUGAGGAAAUUUAGACCCCAUUUCCGUUUGUCUCCACACUGUAGCUUCCCUCAGUCGUUAUGUCCAUGUCCCGGGAAGAGAGGGAAGAACUGGAAGAUGUUAGAGAGGUAUUCGAUCUGUUCGAUUUCUGGGACGGCCGUGAUGGUCUGAUCGAUGCGAUCAAGGUUGGGGAUCUUCUCCGGUGCAUGGGCCUCAACCCUACGUUAGCACAGUCGGAGAAGCUUGGAGGCACCAAGGCAACAGGAGAGAAACAGUAUGCUUUCGAGGAGGUGCUCUCCAUCUUUAAGCAGGCCAAAAACGAGAAAGAGAAGGGGACGUAUCGCGCUUACGUGGAGGCGUUCAAGUCUUUCGACAGGGAGGGUCAAGGCUAUAUAUCCCUCGCUGAAAUGAACAACAUGCUCACAGCUAUGGGUGAGCGAUUACCCGAUGAAUCUGUCAGUGAAAUCCUCAAACUUACGGAUACUCGAGAAGACAUUGAGGGGAAUCUGAAAUACGAAGAGUUCAUCAAGAAAGUCAUGAAGGGCCCCGACGGAAAAGAGGACGUCAUCUGAUCAAUGUGCGCGCGCAUCCAAAUGUCAAACAUUUAAGCUGUUUAUUUAUUAUUUGACAAAUAACAUACGGUUAAUAAAUAUAGUCAUGCUAGGCUAGCAUAUAUAUAGUAUAUUGUCUAAUUACGUACAAUUCAUAUUUAGCAUGUUAAAUAAUUAUUGUUCAUAUUUAGUUGUAUAGUGGUACAAUUAGGGCUGUUGACUACAAUCUGAUGAGACAAAUAUGUGUGUAUCUUUAACCAGAGGGCACUUACGCGUAUUUAUGUGUGUGAAUGCAUACAAGUGUUCUCUUGAUUUCAGUGUAAUAUGAAAAAAUACAACAUAGGUCCUUUGUCGUUUUCCGCGAAGCAAAGACAUAGUAUGUCUAGAUUCAAAUAUUGCAUUUAAGUACUUUAGAUUUUGGCUGAGAUACACUAUUUGUUUCACCGGUUGGCGGGUUAAGCCUAUAUCGUGUUCGUCCUUAUUAAACAGCCUUUAAGUUAACCAGACUACUUCACGUUUUGGAUCAUCCUCGUAACACAGGGGUAUUAUUUUGAAUUGAGCUCCAAACACGAACUUGAGAGGCAGCCAUAGUUAACCUUCAGACGAUUUCCGUUUACCGAACGACUUGUUCAAGCAAAUCAGAAUCGUAUAUAGUGGAGUAUUGAUUUUGUACAUUUUUUACAAUUUCCCCGAUAUUUAAAAUGCAACAACCUACAUAAAAUUAGAAUUAUAAAUGUUGCUUGUAAUGAGAUGAUCCCGUUUAAGUAGGUAAAGGAUGGUGGUGAAGCCAUGUUGCAAAGCGUUCGCUCGUCGUUCAAAAGACCAAGGUUCUAUUCCCCAAAUGAAUGCGAGGUCAAUUGUUGGUAUCCCAAUUAGUAAUAUUGUUUUGAAAUGUCGGGUAUAAAUAGAGCCACGUCGGUUUAGUUUUACAGAUAGUGAAAGUGACGUCACAGUUCACAAAAUGAUCGAACCUGUAUGUGGAACAUAUAGCCCUGAGUUACGAGGAUGGAGUCCGUCACGACUUUCUUCAUUUGAGUGUUGACAUUCAGCUGAGAAAAUAUCUUUUGUCUUGGGUAUUAUUUUGUACAUUUUGCACUUGGUUCUAUUUCAGCUGUAUCUGUUCAUAAAUUUACAAAUAUUGUAAACUUGGGACGCAAUUAUUUUACAAGUUCAUGUUGAAAUGAUGGUCCGGUUUUGAGCUCCUUUUGGAUACUUUUUAUAUCUGUUUCGUUUUACUUUUCUCAAGUUAUUUUGCUCAUGUUUUGCAUUUAUACAAAACAAGACACAGACCGCUCACGAAUAAUUAGAAGUAAAAAAAUUCUAGACGAAAAGUAAUUUCGGAUCAAAGGGAGACAACCCUUUCAAGCCUAAACCAUCUUUUGUAGAUAAUAUUGUCUUGAGAUUCCUUAUAUUUUUCAAAACACAAAAAAUGUAAUUUUAUCUAAGCGUAUCAGUAUUACUGCUGUCAGCUCAUCUUUCUUGUCUUCAUAAAAAGUGCUCAUUACAUGUUCUAUUUAUUGAUAUUUUACUACAUAUGCUCAAAAUGUGUUUUGUUGUACCAUUCGGAUGCCCCGUAACACUGCAGACAAACCUGUAAUGUAUAUUUAAUGUGAAGACUGUUUUUUGACAAUACAUCUUUUAGAAUAAAAUAACAGUCGUAUUGCUUUGUAAUCAAUAGGAUGAUGAUUUUAUUUCGGAAAACAAAUCCAUUCAAUUGUAACAGAACAGACCAUUUAUUAAAUCAAGCCAUAUCAGGCAGUUCAAGUAUAUUCUGUUACUAGGCAACCGACUUUAACUAAAUACAUCAGACAUCCACCGGAAGAGUGUUGUUGACUUUAGAGGAGAUUAUAGACAUUUAAGUAACACAAUUCCAUAUAUAAAUGUCAUGACAAAUACAUGAAUAAAUAUGCAUGUGAUUUCUAUUUCCAUACCUUUAAGGAGUUUUAGUGUAACAUUUACAAGAGUCAGAAUUAUGACUUGCCUAAUAAAAUAGAAUACAUUUUUUUAAGAAAUAUUAACAAAUCAAUUUGACAUCUAAAUCUAGCUUUCACAACUGGAUUUAAUUUUGUUUCUGUUUCACGUGCAUUUUUUUUCUUCUUCAUUUGUUUAUUUGUUUAUGUUUUACGUAUUGAUAUAUUAUUAUUGUUUUGUCUGCUUGUGGUUGAAGGGUAAAUCUCUAUUUUAUUACUAAUGUCUCAUGUUGUAUCAUAAAGCUUAGCUUCAUUUUACACAUGUAUUUAUGCACUUCAACUUAUGUCUAAGCAUACUAUAUAACAUGUUGGCGCUCAGUAAAACAUUCCUGCAAAUGUG